AUGGCUCCCUCGCACGAAGCAGACGGGUCAGAGGACGUCAACGACUUUCUCGUUCGCAUUCGAGAACUAGGAAAUAAGCGGGACAAGGAAGACGAAGAGCGGACGCGAAGGCUGGAGGAAGAGAUACUACAGGGCCGCCGGGAGAGACAGGCCAGGCGAGCUGAGCGCGCUCGGUCAAUUUCUCCCACCAAAGACUCGCCCCUCCAGCAACAGCUAGACGAGCUGAUACAGAGAGAUUCUCGGCCGUCAACACCAUUAUCACACUCGAUACGGCCCCCUGUCGACCUUUUGCCCUUAUCCUCUGCUUCAAAAGACAGCAGUGGCCUGCCCAGACGCGAUUCCGAGGCGCAUCAGUCAGAUAUCUCUCCCAAGGAGCCCUCCCCAGAUAUCAUGAAAUCUCCUGCUCUCGGGCGGCCAUUGUCCUGGAAACAGCGUCCUACGUCGCGGGACCUUGGCUCGCCGGCUCCUAUCGCUUUAAAACCGGCUACGGAAGAGGAAAAACCUGCUAAAGAUACGAGAACGGCAGACGAAGAAGACGAUAUGGUGUCCCGGGCACAGAUUGCUCAGUCCCUUAGUUCAAAGGAUCCAUCUUUCUUUAGACAGACUAGUGACAGAGGGGAAAGCUCGCGUGCAUAUAGGAGGGCACAUAAUUCCUCAUUGUCUGAAGUUUCGACGAGCCGACCGAACGUGAAACUGCCGGGACUCAACCGGGAGGUCGUCAGUGAUCUGGGUGCGCGCCCGGUCUCCGAACAGGGUGACGAGGGAUCACGCUCCCCCUCGCGGACAAGCUCCGUUUUUGGUGCGAGUGGCUUUGGGAACAGGUACUCGAGUGUAUCAUCCGUGUCAACUGCUGGGCUUGGUUCUCCUGUACCUUUAACAAGCCCACGCAGGCACGAACGGGCAUCAUCCAUAUAUGAAGAGCAGCAGACAGGAGAACAUCUGACAAUGUCUCCUACCCAAGGCCGGAUUGCAUCUGACAGACCGCCCUCACCAACCAAGGGUCUUGGUGGGUUUGUCCAGAGUGCCAUGCUUAAGCGUUCUGACAGUGUCUCUAAACGCUGGAGUGCUCAGCUGCCAGCCAACUCCCUCCGAGGAGGCGGAACCAGACCUCUCCAGUCCCCAGGAAUGUCCCCUGAGGGGUUUACGGGACUACCCUCGACGAGACCCGGUUCGCGGCCUGAUUCCCGACCCGGAUCGAGUCAUAGUGACGCAACUGUAGUUCGCGGUGAAGGAGAUGAUGCGUCGGUGAUAAGCAGAUCAACUGACGUCUAUGCAAGGCCCCCAUCUCGACGCAGAGAAUCAGUGAGUACAGCUAGUGGAAGAAAUUCGGAUCUCCCGGUAAGCCCUUCCAAGACUAUGGACCCAAGGCGAUGGAGCCCAACGAAAGCAUCUUGGUUAGAGAGUGCCCUCAGCAAACCGGAUUCCCCUAAACCAAAACCCCGUGUGCCAGAGGAACCGGAAUGGAAGAAGGGCCUGACGGACAGACUUAGAAAGGCAAAGGAGUUGAAUCAAACCGAUAAAGGAGAUAAUAUGGAGUCCGAAAAGGUUGUGACGCCUACAGGGAGCCAACCGGCUCAAGAUCUAUCAAGCUCACCGGAAAAGCCUGACAGUCCAGCAGCCAAGCCCUCCUCGGAUUUGAAGAUAGACCCCCCUCAGGAAACUAUAGAAUCUUCCAGCCCUAGCCCGUCCGAGGCCCUCUCUCCCAAGGAUUCAACCAAAUCUCCUCCAAUCCCAGCAAAGAGUGAAUUCCUGAAAUCAGAAUCAAAGGGACCAGUCCUCUCUUCCACCCAAGAUACCCCUUCUAAACCCGCCAUACCCAGCGUAAAAUCAUCCCAAAUAGAUUUCCGCGGUAACUUACGUCGUCGUGAAACUACCGACGAUAGUGUUAAAAAGGACGAGCCAGAGUUCAAGGCAGUGUUUGGUAGAUUACGGCGUGCCGAAACUAAGAAUUAUGUUGCUCCUGACGAACUCAAGGGCAAUAUCCUUCGCGGCAAAGCCGGGUUGACCGUCACCGGCGGUCCCAAGAAAACUGACAGAGUUGAUGAUUUUAAGGAGAGCCUCUUGAAGCGCAAGGAGGCAAUGAAAGCUGCGGGAGGGUCUAUUCGCCAGGAUAAUAGUCCGGGAAACAAUCAGCCACCGCAAGAGACCACGCCUGAAGCUAUCCUGGUGAGACAAAACUUAGGCAGAUCGAACAGUAUAAGGAGCACUUUAGGAUCGAAGAACCUACCUACCAAACCACUAUCAAAGCCAGCCGCUCUUAAUUCUUCUAACGAGCCCCCCAAAGAAAAAGAGAACCAAAAUCCCCAGAGCUUAGAAUCACCGCCUACAAAAUCCCCCCUUCCACCGCCACCUACAGAUACUCCCGUUGCAAGCGCUACUGCCGCUCCUCUUAGUAAUGAUACCCCAUCACCAGCCAUAAAAGGCAAACUUGGGAACCGUAUGAACCCCAUGCUAGCAAAUCUUAUUGCUCGAGGGCCUCCAGCCCCGUCUAAGGGAUCCCCUCCUUCAGCCGUAUCCUCGAGUUCCACCUCUGAACCAUGUAAGACGGAAGCAUUGACCCAUAUGACUAAAUCUCGCGCCAAGGGGCCCAAAAGACGUUUACCUAAGGGUGCUACAAAGGAGUCAACGUCACCAGCAGCCCAGUCUAACGACACUGCUCGCAAGAAUCUAACUGAGACCAAGCCGGUCGUAAAAGACCGUGUGCCAUCUACGAAAACAGAACCAAUUGCCAUACCGAAGCCAUUAAACUCGGAGGUCAAGAAUAGAUUCCUAGCAUCAAGUGGAGAAGAGAAGAACCCUGGCACCUCGCUCCCUUCAUCCCUACCAUCUACUCCUUCGAUAGGGCGCCAGUCAACCAAGGCAGAUAUUGGGAUGCCCAUCCGAUCAAACAGCAGUCCUGCCGCCAACAAGGAUAACAAACCUAGCCCUCCCCCCAAAUCUGCAACCCUCUCCACUUCUCCACUUAGCGUUGAGAAAACAGCCCCAGUAAAUGACUCCCCACAACCUCGAAAGAGCCGACCAGAGUUUCCGCCCGAGAAGAAGUCACCUCUAACGGAGGCUAAAACCGGACCAGCAGAAGCCACCACUUUAGCUCCGCCGCGCCUAGGGAAGCCUUCGUUCCUAUCAAGUUUAAACACCACUCGAUUGAGAGAGCAAUCACGUUCACCCUCUCCGACAAAAACACCAGCCUUUGCUCAAAGCUCCGAGGUAUCUCAAAUAUUCUCUAGUUUCUUCCUCAGCAGGCCAACUGCUGAAGAUAAGGUAGAGAUUGACCCUCAGUCGGUCAUGAUGGGAAGGCCUGAGACAUUCCCAAAGAUCAAAACUCUUGCAAAGCAAGUUUGGGAGUUAACCGGUGACGGAAAGAGAAAGGACCUGCCUGCCAACCAGGAGUAUAUCUUGUUUGAUGAGAGUAUGUACAUAUGCGUUCAUAACUUUGAAAAACCUACCGGCAGUAAAGCCACGGAGGUGCAUCUAUGGUGCGGUGACGGGGUUAGUGAAGCAACCGCCGAAGAUGCACAACUAUUCGCUCGCAAAGUCGCAAGAGAACAUAACUGCAGGCUCGAACUCUUGAAGCAAGGGAAGGAAACGCCAAAUUUCAUGCAAGCCCUAGGUGGCAUCAUGAUCACACGCCGAGGACCAAGUAGUCGAUCUGGCUCUUCAGCUCAGUAUAUGCUUUGCGGAAGGCGACACAUGGGCCAGAUUGCAUUCGAUGAAGUCGACCUAUCAAUCAGCAAUCUCUGUUCCGGAUUCACGUACAUAAUAUCCGGCAAAAACGGCAAACUCUUCCUAUGGCAAGGACAAGGAAGCACUGCCGACGAGAUUGGAUGCGCCCGCCUGAUCGGAAUGGACAUUGGGCCUACGGGUGAGAUCGAAGAAGUCGCCGAAGGUCAGGAACCGAGCAGCUUCUUCGAAUCUUUCCCAGGCCCUAGCCAGGGAAAGGCAGUGCCGCCAUCAGCAGACUACUGGCAGUUGAAGCCUAAGCACGAAAAGUACGCUUGCCGACUAUACCGCAUCGACCACGAGCUCGGCCAGUGGUUUGGAGCCAGCUUCUUUAACCGCCGCGCAGCUUCAUCCCCGGUAUCUCGACCCAAUGAUACAGUACAAGAGAUUGAGCCAUUCUGCCAACGUGAUCUAGAUCCAGCACACAUCUACGUUCUUGAUGCCUUUUUUGAGAUCUUCGUAAUUGUUGGUGAUCGAUCAAAUGCACGUUCGGCAGAGUUUGCGUCUGCUCUCGUAUUUGCCCAAGAAUACGGAAUUCUCGCUGUCUCCGAGCAAGACCGCCCAUUCCUUCCAAGGAGUCAUGUCGUUCUCGAAGGCCUGCCAACCGAAUGCAAGCGAGCGUUCAGAAACUGGAAUGGCAGACACGCCCCGGGCACACUGAACAAGACUCCCAUUGUCGUUCCGCUGGCCGUGGCAAUUGAUGCAAUCCGAUGA